GUGAAUUUGAUUCGACUUUCUAAGCAUCUAGUGGGCGACCACAUUAAAUUCAUGUAGAGCAAAGGAAAUAAUUUUUUAGAGCCUUGAAAAAAUUGUUUUGACAACAGUCCCUAAAAGUAUCUGCACAACCACGUGAAAAUGCCCGAAAAGCCAGCAGCAAAGUCACCUCCGAAAACCCUGACCAACAUCAAGGGUACAAGGACCGCCACUUCCUCAUCCAAUCCCACUUCCAACAGGAACAGACCCACAGGAACUGGAGUGAUUCGUCCCCCAUUGCCGAACACACAUGAUAGGAUUUGGAAGAUCAUGAAGAUGUAAUAUCUGGACCAAAAUCUCUAUAACUGGGUGCUCAAAUUGGAUCAUCAUUUUUAAAGCAAGAAAAUUUUGUAUUACAAAAUGAAAUCUUAACAUUCGACAGGGCUGAAUAAAGCGAAAAAUUCCCUGAAGGGAAAAAACUCUUAUAAUGCCUUGAAUUAAUGACUGGAAGUCGAUGAAAGCGCAGGCGCUGGUUUGCAAAGAGAAAAAUGGUAACUUUCGAAUGGCGGGUAGUUUUCUCUUGCACUGCGAUUCUUUAUCUCAGCCCGAAGCUGAGUUAGAGGUAGAAAAUAUUUAAGUCAAUAAGAGUCUUAACUGGUAUUAUUAUAACUAUAAGAAGCUUAUCAAA